AAAGAGAUGCAGCUGACGAGGGCUUCAUCUUAUGGGCCUCAGAAUGUCUCAGGUCACUGAAUCUGUCCGAGGCCUCCACUGCGAGGGCUAUUUGCGUUCUCGAAUUUCGAGGGAGAACGACUCCGCCUGGUUCAGAGCCACAAAUGUAACAUAAACGUCUCCGCUAAAACGUUUCAUAAUUGCUAAGUAGGUCACCGGGACUCCUUGCACCGGGGUAUUUGCAUUUUAAGUCUCGUGACAAGAAGCUCUUCGCAUUUCUUCCUGCAGGUUUUGCUUUCGAUCAGCUGUGAGAUUCCAUAACAUAAUUUAACUUGAAUCAUCGCUUUGAGGACACUGUGCACGGGGACAAGCAGCCUGUUCAGAGGAGAGAAACAUCAGGCACAUCAAUGGGUAAAAACGUCCUGAUUGUUUUUGCUCACCAGUCACACAGCUCAUUCAAUGCGGCUCUAAAGGAAGCUGCCGUGGAGGCAUUUAAAAAGCAGGGGUGCAAGGUAAUGGUUUCUGAUCUGUACGAACUGAAGUUUAACCCGACUGCUACAAAAAAUGAUAUAAAAGGUGAAGUGAAGAAUCCAGAUAAUUUCAGUUACGGAGAUGAGACUGGUUUGGCAUGGAAAGAAGGAAAACUCAGCAAUGACAUAAUGGAAGAACAGAAAAAAAUUAAAGCUGCUGACCUAAUUGUAUUUCAGUUUCCUCUUUACUGGUACAGUGUUCCUGCUAUUCUGAAAGGCUGGUUUGACCGUGUUCUCACACAAGGAUUUGCUUAUACAUUUGAGACCCUCCAUGACAAUGGACCUUUUAAGAAUAAAAAAGCAAUGUUGUCAUUUACCACAGGCGGCCUGAAGUCUGCAUACACUCCUAAAGGAUUAAAUGGUGAUAUUAAUAUCGUCCUGUGGCCAAUUCAGUAUGGUGUGCUGCACUUCUGUGGAUUUCAAGUACUGCCUCCUCAAAUAUCCUGGACUCCAAAAUUGAGUUCACCCGAAGCCCGGGCCGCCAUGCUCAACUCCUGGCGUAUACGUCUCGAUGGCAUCUGGACUGAAAAGCCACUAAGUUUUGUACCCAUAAACUCAUUUGAUCUCACCUUGAAUGGUGGUUUUAUGUUGAAAGAAGAAGUUGUGAAGAGCCAGGAAGGCAACAGCAAUGGUCUCACAGUGGGCCAACACAUGGGAAAAUGCAUUCCUCCAAAUAACCAGACAGGGCAAAGUCAGUGAAGGGAAAACAUGGUGGUGCUUGAGCACUCCCAAGGAGUCAUGAAUGUUGGUUCUUUGGUUUUUGCAUUUGAUUUGUUUAUUGAUAUUAAGGACGAUAAUUACUUGAUAACAAAUGCCUUAUUAAAGAUUAUGAAUAAUUGUACUAAUAAAAUCUCGAGACUUGAUUCAUUUUAAUGUACUAUUUCCAUUAUUAUGGAUGAUAAUUACUUGAUAAAAAAUGCCUUAUUAAAGAUUAUGAAUAAUUGUACUAAUAAAAUCUCAAAACUUGAUUCAUUUUAAU